CCCAUUCUCCCCCCUCCCCCUUUGCCCGGGUCACACAAUUCGAGGGGUGUCUGGGCAAACAUGGUGGCUCGCGGGAAGGAAUCAGGGAGGACUCUAGAUCCUCUGCUCCUGGGCCUAAGGCUGGGGCCCUUCUUCGCCUCCUGCGCCCUUUACUUCCUCCUCUGGCUGCCCUCGGAGGAGCCCAGCUGGACCAGCGCUCUGGUCAAGUGCCUGCCCGUGCUCUGCCUGGCCGCCUUCGUCUGCACCAGCGCCUGCCCGGGGCCCGGCCGGCGCUUCACCCCCCGGGGCCUCCUCUGCUCGGCGCUGGGGGAUGCCCUCCUCAUUUGGCCCAGCGGGUUCCUCUUUGGUAUGGUGGCCUUCGCCGGGGCUCACCUCUGCUACCUGGGGGCCCUGGGCUGGCGGCCGCUGCGGCCGCUGCUCCUGGGCCCCGUGGCCGCCGCCUUCGGCGCCUACGUGGGGCUCCUGCAUCCCCGGCUGCCGCCCGGCCUGGGGCUCCCGGUGCUCCUCUACGCGGCCGUUCUGGGCCUGGUGCUGUGGCGGGGGCUGGCCCGGGGGGGCCCCGCGGCCCUCGGAGGCCUGCUCUUCAGCGUCUCGGACGCCGUCCUGGCCUGGGACACCUUUGUCCGGCCCCUGCCCUCGGGCCGUCUGGUCAUCAUGGUCACCUACUACGCGGCCCAGGCCCUGCUGGCUCUGGCCGCGGUGCAGCCCAGGGCCCUCAAGGCGGACUGAGCCCCGGAGCCGCCGGCCAGCCUGGCUGCCCCCUGCCCGGGGCCUGGCAGACCCGGUCUGGGACCCGGUCCUCCCGGCGGCCUUCAUCAGCUCCGGGGCUGCUGCCCCCAACAUGACUCCCGGGCUCAUUUCUCCAGAUGAAGAAGAAAACCUUCCCUUGGACGCCCCCCCCCCCCAGCCCCUAGCCUUCUUCUUACUCCCGAAGCCCUCCACUGACAUGACCCACAAUCCUCCUGGCUCCCUGGGUGGGCGUCCGGCCCUCGGCAAACCCGCCGCCACCUGCCCAGACACUUAAUAAAGCUGACAUUGA